AUGUCGGUUUAUUCAUUGAAUUCAUUGAAUUCUCUGGAUUCAUUUUCACCUUCAGCCUCCAGGAGUGCAAGUAGACGUCCAACGGCAAGGCCAACCACAACAGCCACCAGUGUCGCAACACAGGACAUCAUCUGCGCUGUUAGUGAGUCGCGGGGCGUCUCAUCCACCGUUGGCCUCGCAUUUGUCAAUCUUGCGACAGCUGAAGCAGUACUCUGUCAGAUAUGCGACAGCCAGACUUACGUUAAGACAAUCAUCAAGAUUGGUGUUUUUGAACCCAGCGAGAUUCUGUUCAUGAACACUGCCAAAGAGUCGAAGCUCCAUUAUAUCAUUCAAGAGAAUCUGCCAGAUCCUAUCUUCACUUUUCUGGACCGCAGAUGGUGGUCUGAAAAGACAGGUCAUGAAUAUUUAGAACGGCUAGCUUUUCCAGAGGAAGUCGACUCGCUCAAGGUGACUCUGGGCGGGAACUAUUUCGCAGCGUGUUGCUUUUCAGCAGUUCUCAAGUAUGUUGAGGUUGAACUUCAGCGAUCUUUUACCAUGCAUUCUCUUCGAAUACGUUUCGAGCCGUCCCAGGGGUCCAUGACAAUUGACUUGGCGACUAUUGUUUCCCUCGAACUUAUCCAGAACCUGCAAAAUGCGAAGUCUAAAGAAAGUUUGUUUGGGUUAUUGAACGAGACAUUGACGCCUAUGGGGGCCAGACUACUCCGAGCUAGCAUCUUACAGCCUUCAACAGAGCGAGUCAAAUUGACAGCCAGAUACAAUGCCGUGGAAGAUCUGACCACCAAAGAGGAUAUGUUUGUGUCUGUGAGGCAGGCGCUCAAGGGCUUCAUUGAUGCAGAUAAAGUGUUAACGGCGAUCAUCUUGGUUCCCACGAAGCGAACAAUCCAAUACGUCGAACAGUCUGUCAACAAUGUUAUCAUGCUUAAGACCUAUGUGUCUGCGAUCAAAAAAGUCUUCCAAGCGCUUGGAGCAGCACAAAGCGAUUUGCUGCUUACCAUACGCGAAUUGUGUGCGCCUGAGGGGCAUCGUUCAAUUGAAGAGCUGAUCGACGCAACCUUGAAUGAGCACGUAACCUAUCAGUCAAAGCCACUUGAUCUGAGGAACCAGCGCAUUUACUGUGUCAAGGUCAACUCCCAGACUUGCGAUAUGGUUUUGGACUUGAAGUAUGACACAGCCCGGCAAUACUACAUCUGUAUCCCUGCAACAGAGCCAUGUCCACUACCAGAUGUUUUUAUCAACGUAUACCGCAAGCGAAACCGCAUCGAGUGCCAGACAUUGGAUUUGGUCAAACUCAAUCAAAAGAUUACUGAUGCGCACAGCGAGGUUAUCAAUAUGAGCGACCAGACAAUCCAGGACCUGCUGCGAGACGUGUGCACCGAAGUAUCCGGGCUUUUCCGAGUUAGUGAAGCAAUUGCGAUGUUAGACAUGCUCGGGGCAUUCGCUCAGCUAGCAACAAACUAUGAGUACAUCAGGCCAGAGCUGACCGACACUCUCGCCAUCAAGGCGGGACGUCAUCCCAUCCGAGAACAGAUUCAUAACAGCAAGUUCAUCCCAAAUGACGCAUAUGCAACACCACAAACGAGAUUCCAGAUCAUCACAGGCUGCAACAUGAGCGGCAAGUCAACCUACAUCCGCUCACUAGCCCUAGUUACAGUUAUGGCACAGAUAGGCUGCUUCGUCCCAGCCCAAUACGCUUCUUUCCCAAUCUCCCACCAGCUCUUCGCCCGCGUCGCCACGUCGGAUGAUCUAGAUGCCAACGUCUCAACCUUUGCAGCAGAGAUGCGGGAGAUGGCAUUCAUUCUUCGUAACAUCCAGCCACGCAGCAUGGUCAUAAUCGACGAGCUAGGUCGCGGUACUAGCACAACCGACGGCCUCGCUAUCGCUGUCGCGCUAGCAGAAGCCCUAAUCUCAAGUAAAGCCCUAGUCUGGUUUGUCACGCACUUCCACGACCUAGCGCAGAUUCUCGCCGAGCGCAGCGGUGUCAUCAAUCUCCACUUAGCAGCCGACAUUGCCCCCGACGCUUCUAAGAUGACCAUGCAGUACCGCAUUACAGAGGGUCCUGUUCCAGAUCGUCGGUAUGGGCUUGUCCUCGCCAAGCUAGCUGACCUCCCACCUGCCGUCUUGAAUAAAGCGCGCUCUGUCUCAGAGGCAAUGGACCGUCUGGCUAGGCGGAGGAACAGCUCGUCGCGUGCUGUUGCCAUUGCGCAGAAGAGAAAGCUGCUUUUGUCUCUACGUGAGCAGUUAUUUAUUGCCCGCGACGGCACGAUGGAUAACGCUGGUCUUCGGGCUCUAUUGAUUAAACUUCAGGAUGAGUUCGUGCUGCGCAUGACAGCUAUCAACAGAGAAAUGGAGUUAUACCCCGGUGAUGAAAGUGAAACAGAGGCCCAUACUGAACCUGUUUCCAACUUGUCAGUUCAUACACCUGAAACCCAAGCGUUGGGUUCGAGUGAGGAUCGUGAGGAAAAGGACAACACACAUUUGCCCGAGCCCAUUGUGAUCGAAUCUGAUCUGGAUUCUGAGUCCGAGCAUGUCACCGACGACGAUAGUGUGGUGUUGGUCGGAAUGACUUGA